CCUGAAACGCGCCGAUCCCAACCUGAACAACUGUUCAUAUCUAACAGAAAAACGAAAUAUUGUCAGUAAUCGGUGCGACAGCCGCGACAUGAUCGAUUCUAUAGCCUGCUGUUACACCGCUUGACCAAGUCGUUGCCGUUACCGUUGCCGUUGCCGAGACUGACACCUAGUCUGCGCCGCGCUCCACGUGUCAUGAUCAACACAGUGUACACGCAUCUUCCUCGACGCAUUCUGUUUGGACUGCUACCGGCCGGUGCCGCGUGUGUGACGUGUGACGUGCUGUGAAGUGCGGCCGCCGGCGAUGCUCUAAACCCUCCUACAGCGGAAUUUAGAAAAGUGACCAAGCUGCGGUUGCAGCCGUUUUUCGUGCGGCAGGAUACCCAUAAACAGUUGCCUUGGCUCCAACACCGGUCCUCGUGGGCUACAGCCUGGUUGGCGUGUACCCGUGCGCGGUGUGGAAACCGCGUCACGCCGCCAACUCUUGCACCACCUCCACGGGGCCCGUUCGCACCAGAGUUACCGAAACGGCUCGCAGCCAACCGUACCCCACACAGCAAGUGCAGGUGCACCACUGUCAAGGUCACCAAGAAACGACAACCACCAACACGGCGGCCGCACGAGUACAACCCCCGCAGCUACUGGUCACGGCCUGUAGCUGCAACAACAACAAUAACAACACAGCCGAACUUCAGGUUGCCACAAACAACACUCCUAUGGUCUUUGUUCCCUUCUCCAUGCCUAGUUAUGCCCCGCCAAUGGCGGCCAGCGCACUCUACACCAACAGCUGCAGCCCCUCCAAGGACAUGAAAGGUGGGUGGGCAGCCUCGCCGGGGAGCACCGCGCCUGUGAAUCCUCCAACCCUGCUCGCGCUUCAACCCUUGCUGACGCAGCCCAGCACGCCGGUACAAACCGUGCAACCUUCGACCACUACCGCAACGACGCAGCCUAAGCAGGACACUUCUAAGCACCACCAUAUUUUCGUCGGAGACCUGAGUCCCGAAAUAGAGACGCAGACGCUGAGAGAAGCCUUCGCCGCUUUCGGCGAAAUAUCGGACUGCCGAGUUGUGAGAGAUCCACAAACUCUAAAAUCAAAAGGAUAUGGGUUCGUUUCAUUUAUUAAAAAGGCGGAGGCUGAAAGCGCUAUCAACGCUAUGAACGGACAAUGGUUAGGCAGUCGAAGCAUUCGCACCAACUGGGCGACAAGAAAGCCGCCUGCACCCAAAUCUGAAGCAAAUUCAAAACCGAUGUCGUUUGAUGAGAUUUACAACCAAAGCAGUGCUACCAAUUGCACGGUGUAUUGCGGUGGCAUUACAAACGGCUUGUGUGAAGAUUUAUUGCAGAAGACGUUUCUUCCGUACGGAAUAAUCCAAGAAAUCCGCGUGUUUAAAGAAAAAGGUUACGCGUUUAUUCGUUUUUCGACCAAAGAAUCAGCCACCCACGCAAUCGUCGGAGUUCAUAACUCUGAAAUCGGUGGUCAGACGGUUAAAUGUUCAUGGGGGAAAGAAUCGGGCGACCCGAACAAUGCCCCCGCUGCAAGCCAAGCUCUCACUAGUACCCAGUACCCUUACGGUGCUUAUGGACAACAAUUGGGCUAUUGGUACCCGCAGAGCUUCCCUACAGCAGCUGCAGCACAGAUGCAAGGACAAUUUCUACAGGGGAUGCAGGGCUACACGUAUGGACAGUUUGCAGGCUACCAACAGUCGUACAUGGGAAUGGGCAUGCAAGUCCCGGCUACUUGGCAAGGGAUUCCUGGACAACCCCAGCUACCCGCUCAGCAAAUGGCAGCUCCUAGCGCCGCUCUACAACAGCCCGGUUUGGUGUUUCCCAUUCAACAGUACCAAGCUCAAUGAAACACACACAAUAGCCACCAACUCGACAUAGUGAUAUUUUAAUACAAUUUAAGAUAUCGUACCGUAGUUAAUCGCGAAUUUGCAAUUAUUCGUGCCAAAUUUCAACUUAGUCACACAGAAUCGAACUUGGAGUCCAAAUGUCCAUCCAUUUUGAUUAGAGCUGAGGAGGACUAAGGCUGCAGAGUUAGUGACUGAUGGCUUAGGUGGUUUGGUUGUAAUGAAUGGUGAGAGGAUGUGGACCUGCGUCCUGCGACCCUGCACUGUCAGCUGCCGCCUAGGCUAGCGCCUAACUCACACUCCACUCCACUCCACUCCCGCCCCGUUAGAUUCACUGGUUUCUGGUUUUUUUUGCAUGAGUGCGUGUCCGUGGCCAAAGUCGGGCGGCAAGACCGUGUGUGUCCUGCUGAUGUGACGUCUAUUUGGCAGUUGGCGGAGGAGGAUUGGCUUACUCCCAGCCUCCUAGUCUGAUGGUAAUACGCACCGUCGAGGCUAUAAGCGGGUACGGAAGCGACCAACAACCAAAAUGAAGAGUGAAGACGCUUUCACUCUCGCUCUCUUGGGUUGGUCGCCCGUUAGUCGUCAGUCGUCAGCCGUCAGCCGUCAGCCGUCAGCUCUUCAGUCCUUCAAUCGGCUCUCCACUCCCGUCGCCGUCUGUUGCCCGCUUCCUUAUCGAACAAUCAUUUACAGUACAGUUUCUACUUUAGUUAAUAUUUACUCUUGCAGUAGUGUUAUCAUACAUGUUGAACAUGUUUAGAUUAUAAGAGUUUAUAUUUGUAAAGAAUUGCCAGGAGGCUUUUGUUUUCAGUUUGACCUGUACAAACACAAGUAGGUAAGUUAAGAUAGCUAAGAAAUAGAUAGAUAACUAAAUAAGUAGACAUUUAGAUAGGUGAAUAGGUAGUUAUUUAAUCGAGAAUGACACGGAGUGACGGCAGCUGCAAUUGUACACAACGAGCGCGAGCACCACGGUGUAGAACUAGUAGCGGUAGCUUUAGAGGCAAGCUGACGACGUCAUAGCUGCCCAACAUAUACAUACUGUAUAUUACUGUACAUACAGAGAGUUAUCGCAACCAUGCAGACAUGUGAUGUCAGUAGGAUUAGAAAGUACUAAGUCGGGCUCAGCACUCCGCGCUACGCGAGCUGACACUCGUCACCGUGCUUAAGUAUUACGUAUAUACUAUACCCAAACGUUAACAGAGCGCGAGCGCGAUACCAAUACACAUAGCCUAACGUGAUAUCGCAAAAUCCGACGUUUUAUAUAAUAUAUAAUGUGAAUGAAGGAAAGUUUUGAUACAAGAUUUAACAAGUAUAACGCAGAUUAAACGUAGAACAUAGAACGACGAGUAUUAUUUAGCAUUUAUAUAUAAAUAGCUAUAUGUUCGUUAAUGACAGUAUAAAACUUGCACGCUAAACUGUAGGAGCACCUCAUAUUUAACGGCUGUAUUAGUGUCUAAGUGUAAAGGAACCACUCGCCCAGUGCCCAGCACUUGCCCAUUGCCCCGCAACUCGUGUGGUUGUUAAACCCCGGCACUCGUGCAACUGUUUGAAACUCGCACGUCCUUUAGGUUGACGACUCUUUGGUCUUAGAAUCAGUCAAUUAAGAAGCGUUUCUAAACGCAAAACUUUCCAAACCGAGAGAGUCGUCAUCUAUUUGAACCAAAAACCUGACCUAGGCGGCUAAUGGAACACAACCAUCCGACACAUUUUGGUACUAUGAACCUCUUCAAUGCUAAACCGACCGGGCACGAACCAUUCUCGAAUUUCGCCAACAAUAUCAUAUUCUGUGAUAGUCCCGAAAAUGUCACUUGACAGCCGACGGGGAUAAUUGUGAGUCCUUCUGUGUCCUCUAGGUUUUGGUUUAAUUUCAGCUAACGCGAACUACCCAUUUCAUACUUUUACUACGCAAGUACAUAUCAAACUUGACUUGAUUCUGACAUUGUUGUUGUAUUUUUUCGUAUACAACAUACAUCAUGUUUGCUCUAUUGUUUCAAACAUUGACUAAUACCUGUUACCUUGCUUGUACUGAUACUCACGUUAGCUGCCCAAGGACGUGCUUAUUUCUUUAAUUGUGAAAUGUUACCAGAUAACUGUCAAUAAUAAAAUUAAGUUCAAAUCGCACCGGGUAGUGUUAUCUUUAUAGAUAUUUAUUUUUAUUAAAUAAUUUGUUGAACUCUUUUUGUUAAUUUGUUUUGUAAAGAUAUUAAAUAUUUUGUUGUACAAAAAACAAACAUCGAUAAUGUUAUUUAUUUUCCACAGAUAACGCAUCAAAAUGGGCCAAAUAUUAUUUUUAAAAUGAUUUUUAAGAUGGCGUUAUUAGAGGAAAACUAAAUUAAAAAUAAUAAUAAGAAAAUAAACAACUUAGGUUUGUGUAUGUGAUCUCAGUUUAGUUAAUAGGUUUAUUUUACACAUAUAUAUAAAGGGACAAAAUCAAAAGAUUUACGUUUAGUUAUUUAGGAAUCGGGAGUACAAAGCCCAAGAGUGAUUAUUGUAAAGAUUAGCUAGAUCAAAUGGUACUUUGUACUUUUGAUACCUAUAGUAUUUAUUUCUGUAAAGAGUUUUAUAUCACUGGCUGCUACGCAUGAAAUGUAUGCGUGCUUCAACACGCCAAAAUAUUAUUAACAAAACAAAACAAACCUAGAUUAUUAUAAAGUAGAAGAUGGAAUUGAAAUAAAGACAGUUACAAGAU